UCCACAGCCCGCGCUCUAGUUCCCGGCGGGCUGUUUACUUCGUUACUCCGCUGUAAUGCUGGCUAUGAGCUGUACUUCCGGACCGUUCUGUCAGACUAUGACACUAAGUAGCCCCGCCCGGAAACUGGACACGGAGACACCGGGAGGUGAGCUGGGUCCUGGGCUCUGCGUCUUCCCAACUCCAUGAGCUGUACAUAGCCGCACCGAGCGCACAGGUGGAUAGAAAACAUAUGAUAUAUUUAUUCAGACUACGACAACCCCUUACAUCUCAGUAAUGGAGCCCCAGAACACUACAAAACUUAGUUCCCGCAAGAGAAGAAAAGAGGAUUUAGGACCCAAUGGCACUACAGAUGAAGAUUCUUUACCUGCAAAGGUUUUCCGCCAUAUGACGGGUGUGGGUGAACCGGCUCCGUUCUCAGAUCAGUUAUAUAUUGACUACAGUAAGCCAUACGAGAGAGUAACCAUGGAAGAGGCCAAGAUGGGAACCCCACCUGACAGACCUGUACGAGUCUACGCGGAUGGUAUCUUUGACCUGUUUCACUCUGGACAUGCCCGCGCUUUAAUGCAAGCAAAGAAUCUCUUUCCGAACACAUACCUGAUUGUAGGGGUAUGUAGCGAUGAGCUGACGCAUAACCUGAAGGGAUUCACAGUUAUGAAUGAAGCAGAGAGAUAUGAUGCGGUGCAGCAUUGUCGCUAUGUGGACGAGGUGGUGAGGAAUGCACCAUGGACACUCACCCCAAAAUUUCUUGAGGAACAUAGGAUUGACUUUGUUGCACAUGAUGAUAUCCCCUAUUCAUCUGCAGGAAGUGAUGAUGUCUACAAACACAUAAAAGACGCAGGAAUGUUUGCACCAACCCAGCGGACAGAAGGAAUUUCUACAUCUGACAUCAUUACAAGGAUUGUACGGGAUUAUGAUGUCUAUGCUCGUCGUAAUUUACAGCGUGGAUAUACAGCCAAAGAGCUGAAUGUCAGCUUCAUCAAUGAGAAGAAAUACCAUUUGCAGGAACGAGUUGAUAAAGUAAAAAAGAAGGUGAAGGAUGUGGAGGAGAAGUCAAAGGAGUUUGUGCAAAAAGUUGAGGAGAAGAGUAUUGAUCUAAUCCAAAAAUGGGAAGAGAAGUCACGAGAAUUCAUUGGGAAUUUCUUGGAGAUGUUUGGCCCAGAGGGAGCUUUGAAACACAUGCUCAAGGAGGGCAAAGGAAGAAUGCUUCAAGCUAUUAGUCCAAGACAGAGCCCCAGCAGCAGUCCAUCCAGAGAACGUUCUCCCUCUCCAUCAUUCCGGUGGCCCUUCUCUGCCAAAAGCUCUCCCCCUGCAUCACCAGGAAGACGCUCUCGAUCUGCUGCUGCUGCAUAUGAUAUCAGUGAGGAUGAGGAGGAUUAAGGAUUUUUUUUUUUCUAGCUCUUAUUUCUUCCUACCAGUUGCAGAUUUCAUGCCCUCUGACCUCUGGUAAAGCAGCCACAAGUAAAGAGCACUAAACCUCAUCCCAGAUAUCUGGGCGGGGUGCAGAACGGUUCCCAAGAGCCACAGUAUGUGGCAGUGGAUAGGACACAAGCUUCUUUCCUACAAAUUACCAUGAUACAUUAUUGUAUUUUUUUAAAUGAAGCCAAUCUCUUUUUAAUGAACUAAGUGUCCAAAACCUAUUUCUUUUGUCGUCGAUGUAUUUUCUAUUUUACCAGGAGGUUUUAUCGCAUGGACUAUUGCAUCCUGUUGUAGCCUUUUAGUACUUGAACUCCAAAUAUUGCAAAUAUUUUCAGCUGUGAGCUCCCAUUUGACUAGACAGUAAAUUAUCAUCAUGGAGGGAAAAGAGCUCCAUCCAAGUGGCACAGAGAAGUAUAUAUGUGUGCGUGUGUGUCACAAUAUUGGAGGUAUUACCUACAAUUUACUGAUAUGUGGGGGUGGUGACCAGUGAAAUGUAUUGUAUUUAACAUCAACCCCAUGGAAUUUAGCCAUUUCCCAUUAAAAGUGCCUGUUGUCGUAAAUCAAAUUUUUUGCAUCUGUUUAGAUUUGCAUAUUGCAAAAAUUCUGCCAUUCUUCAAACAAAUAAAUGUGCAGAUUCCCUGUGUGUAAAAUAAUACAUUUAAAGAAUGCAACAGUAUGUUGUCAGAUUCUCAAUUAACCGAAACAAGGCAAGAAAUACAAAAAAAAGAGGGUUAUGUGAAAAUUCUAAGAAUCUCAAUUUGCAUUUAGCAACUUGCAUUUUACAGAUAAAAGUAUACAUUCUGCUUAAAUACAUGGCUGCCACUCAAGUAUACAACUGUUUAUGUUCAGUUUUAGUAGUUUAUAAUGAUUUUCAUUUUUUCUCUUAAAAUAGUAAAGGAAUGUAUUGUUUGUCAUUUUGAAGAAACUUUUCAUGAAAAUAUUGUCAGAACUGUUUCUACAGAAAUAAGCAUCUAAAUUGCCAUGCAUUUUUAAUGCAUCCUUUUUCCAUAUGGAUGAAAUGCAGCAAAUUGUUACACCCAGAAAAGUAAAUGCCUGUUUAAAGGGAAUGUAUCACUUAAAUAUUUUUAAUAAUAAAAAACACUGAAACAUUA